AUGGCUAGGCAAGCCACUGGGCACAAAUACUCCGCUGACACCCUCUACCUGCAGUGUAAAGCCCGGAAGAUCAAGUGUGGCGAACAGAAGCCUGCCUGUAUCAAUUGCGAGAAGACCGGGCAGACAUGUGACUACAGUAUCAAACUCAAUUGGGAUGGCCGCUCCAAAAAAGGAGGAAAUCAGAACCACUUGACGGCAGAUACCCUGUCUGGGACGAUCCAGGCGGGGGAGCAAGUGUUGAGUUUCAACACGGGCAAUGACAAUGCUACGGAGCGUAAGACGCUCAAGAGACCCUCCUUAGACGCGCACCACAGCCAUAGUUACAGGAACGGACUGCCCUCCACCUCCACGACCUUCUCGGGGCCUACACUUUCUCGUACAGCCAGGACCUCAUCCUCCGCUUCAGUCUCACCUUUCGCUAGGCUCAAAGAAGACGAAUCUCCCUAUCCCUCACCAGCGGAUUCAAGUCUGGACGAGUCGUCUCUAUCAACCCUGAAACGGACGUCCACGACUGCCUUCCACACUCCAUUCUCCAACAUCGACAUGCCUCCGCCCAGACAGACCUCUCCUCGUCAGAUCAACGUGGGAAUCAAUCAUAACGAUCGUAGCUUCAAGCGCGCAAGGCUAGACCGACCAGCCAAAUCACCAGAUUACGUGCCAGGUCACUACAACUUCAGCAUCUACCAGACCAAUACCAAUGGCACAUCCCGAGCGAGCACGUCCACCGCUCAAAUGUCUCCGUUGAAUGGUACCAGAAUACCACCGAGCCCUGUGACUUCCUCCAUCGCAUCCGACGAGAGUCAGAAUUCUCGGACCCGGCAAGCCACUACUAGCCAUCCCGAUCGCCGUAUGUCAAUCGAAUCGUUAAUUUCAGGCGAAUCUGGCAAAGAGGGCCACCACAGAUCUGACAGCAACUCGAGUACACCAAAGCACUAUUAUGGGCUGGAUCCGGGGUAUCCAGAUUUUGAUUUGGGGUCCAACAAUGACGCCCAAGCUCUCAAUGACAUAACACCCUCUAUCAACGCCAGGCCACUCUUUUCACCGAGAAACAGUGGAUCAAAUCGAGCACCUUCAGAUCUGAAUCAAGAAAAUUCAAAGGCAUUCUACCGAUCUCCUAUUUCAGUGAGAAUACCCGAGGAUUUUGAACAACUGCCACCAAUUCUGAGAAAACAUCCUAUGAAUCUUCUCUAUUUUCAUCAUUUCAUCAACUACACAGCUCGAAUUCUUGUCCCGCACGACUGUUCGGUGGCCCUGAAAGACAACAAUCUCCUUCGUCUGGUACUAGCCUACUCUGCGAGCCACCGUGCUCGCCUAAUGGGCUACAAUGAGCCGAGCAAUCGAAUAGCCGAUUAUGUAACAGGCAUGUUCUCCACUCUCGCUAACGACCUGAAGAACCCCCAUAUGCAAAUAUCCAACACCACCUUCGCCACCGCAGUCAUGCUCGCAUCCCUUGAGAUUGUCUCACCAAAUCCAUUUGGCCUGGAGCAUCGAAUCCCAUGGACAAAGCAUCUAGAAAUGUCCCGCACGAUUAUCACUGCACGAGGCAUUCGCCGAAAAACAGUCGACCGCGACGACGAGGAAACUUACUUCCUCACCCGCUGGUUCGCCUACCUUGACGUCCUAGGCAGCCUUUCCGGCAUGAACAAACCUCUUCCCCUUUACAAAGGCGACCUAUGGGCCGAUGACCCCAAUCACCCGGACGAGUGUCACCGCAUUGAUUGUUUCUACGGUGUCUCCACCUGCUGCGUAGGUCUGCUAGCUUCUAUCGCAGAGUUGGCAAAAAUCUGUGACGAUGAGCGGGCUCGUCACUUCGCGCUCUAUCCCAACGAACAGAACGAUUGGGCUCCAGCGUCUCACAGCGUGGAGGCCGCUAACCGACUCCGUGACGCGUUGAAGGAGAGCUUGUGCCAGCCGUUCCAGGGCUGCCACCAUGCUUCCCGCCCAGACAGCUCCCCACGCCCCCGCCAGGAGGACUUCGCCCUCGAGGUCACUACCGCGAAUGACAUGUAUCACUGGGCGGGCAUCAUAUACCUCCAACGGCGCGUCCUCCGCCGUCCCACCAAGGACGAGACAAUCCAGUCGUAUAUUGAUGUCAUCGUCGCCGCGCUGAGCAAAAUCAGUCAUAACGGGACGGCCGAGGCGUGUCUGCUGUUUCCCAUCUUCGUCGCGGGCUGUGAGGCGAUCUUGCCAAGUCAUAGGGAGAGACUAGGGGAGCGGAUGAAGAAUAUCGAAAACACUGGCCUCACGCAGGCGAGGGAUGCGAGAGAGGUUAUGGAGAGAGUGUGGAAAGGGGAGGGAGGGGGACGUUGGGAGGAGUUGGUUGAUGGGGAGUUCAUUGGGUGA